AUGGUUCGUAAAGGAGAACCAGAGCCUCGCCGCUCUGUGCGCGCAACCAAAGGUCAGCAUACAAAGGCCUUCGACGACCAACCUAUCGAACCGCCCAAGAAACGAGGAAGGAAGAAGAAGCAAGAGGAGGAACCAGAAGAAGAGAUUAUCCGCUGCGUCUGCGGCGCAACUGAGCAGGAUGGCGACUCAGAGGAGCCUUGGAUCGCUUGCGACAAAUGCACGGCAUGGCAGCACAACGUUUGCAUGGGUAUGAGUGUCUUUACGGAAGAUCUCCCUAAAAACUACUACUGUGAGCAAUGUGCUCCUCAGGAUCACAAGGAACUACUGGCUCUCAUGGAGCAAGGCGAGCGCCCGUGGGAGUCUCGCCGCAAGGCUUACGAAGACGAACAGAACGAGAAGAAGAAGAAAAAGAAGAAGGGCGGCAGAGCUGGAAAGCGCGCCAGCGACCCCAAAGAAGAGUUGUCGCAAGACACGAGGAGUAACAAGGCCGAGGAUUCACCCGCUCCCUCAGAACCCGCCAAGGAGAAGAAGGACAAGAAGGACGCCGCAUCCAAGGCCGCCACUGGCAAGCGCAAGACGCGAGAGGAGACUGGAGAAAAGGAAGCAAAGACGCCUGCGCCAAAGCAACGCAAAGUCUCGGAUCCAGAAGCAUCCCCUGUCGUCAAUUACACCGCACCGGCCGACCUAGAUGCAAAGGUCAGCGAUCUCCCCGAGGAUCGCAAGGGACCCGCCCAACUCCUGCAAAAGGCUGUCGGCGGCAGCCUCACUGCUGGUGUCAAGGACAAGACCAUCAGUCUCCCAAAAGACACCACUAUUGCAGCUAAAGCGGAGCGUAUGGCACUCGAGAUUGAACGCGCGGUUCACGAUGCACACCCGGACCGGAGCCAGUACGCAAUGCAGGCGCGGAUCCUAUAUGCGAAUAUGAAGCUGAACGGCGACUUGACCAAACGCUUAUUGAAGCGCACUCUGUCGCCAACUAUGCUAGCCACAAUGUCUGCCGACGAGCUGGCUACCAAGGAGAGGCAGGAGGCCAACGCUCAGCUGAAGGCCAUCUCUGAGAAGCAGUCAAUCCUUAUCACCGAAGAUGGUCCUCGUAUGAGGAGAACACACAAAGGCGAAGAGAUCGUCGAGAACGAGUCCUUCCAUCAGAAUGACGAACGCAGGUCUUUCAUAAGACGACCAAGUGGCCGAGAGGGGCAGGCUGGCAUCAAAUCCGACGGAGAAUCGCACUAUGAGAACUCAGUGGAGCUUCCUGCCCAUGCUGGUCUACACAUCGAUACCCGUGGAGCCCGACACUCUCCCAAGCAUCCCGACUUCGACAUCAACAAGGUUUACGCAACCGUCAAAUCUCCCACGGGCACACACAAUCGCCGGCCGUCGGCGCCAAACCAUGGCCCCGGUGUUGACGCAGACGUGGAUAGACUUCUGCAGGAAGAGACGGACUCUCCACCCUAUUCGCCAACUGAUGAGACAGAUCCUGAUGUCAUUUGGCGUGGCCACUUGGUAAUGAGCUCGAUUGCCGACUUCCCCGCUGCCGCCAGGUUUGUUGGUGGCGCCAACCUCUCUACCACCAUUGCAUUGCCCUGGACCAGCCUCAUCCCAAAGAAACUCACGGUUGCCGGACGCAUAGACGAACAGAAGGCGAUAGAGUAUCUCUGCGGCUUGCGCUACGCUGACCAGACCGACAUUGUCGUCGUGGCAAUAACGCCGUCGUCCGAGGUUUAUAGACGGGAGUUCCAGGCCCUCAUUGACUAUUUCGUCUCGAAAAAGCGCUACGCUGUUGUUGGAGAUAAGGGCGUGGGCAAUGUGAGGGACACCUACUUGGUUCCUGUCCUUCCGGGGGACAGCAACAUGCCAGAGUUCAUGCUCAACUUUUCGGAUAACCUUGUCCCUCAGAAGAGGACGGAGCCUAUGCUAUUGGCUGUCUUCGUGUACCGCAAUACCCCCAGACAGCCUCAGUUGGGCGGCACCACAUCUCAAUCACCCGUCACCAAUGUGCCAACUCCUCCACAGAGCGGCGUCCCUCCACGACACCCCUCGAUAUCUGGCCCGGCAUUCUCGCCAACGGUUGCCCAGGGCCCCUUCCAGCAACCGGGCCAUCCUGUUGGCAACACUGUCCACACUUUACAGGAAUAUCCAGCACAAGGGGCACAUCAGGCUGUUCCGUCUAAUCAGCCUCCCACGGGCUAUACGGCCGCUCGCGGCGCUGAACUCGAAAACCAACAACGUCAACAACAAGGCCAGGCGCUGGCACAAGAAGUUCUGGGCCCUUUGAUCAACAGUCCUACGAUGAAGUUCUUGCUGCCUCAAGCCUACCAGAUGUCGCGGACAGAGUGGGAGGUCGUUCGAGGCAUCUUGGAGAGAGACCUGCGGGCGCGAAAUGACCUGACCCAUCUAAGCCUCCUGUUGGAGAAACAACCGCCAGCUGCUAAGGGCAGCGAUAUUGCCUCUCCGGCUCCGCAAGGCGCGCAGGGGGUUGCGCCAUCGGCGUGA